AUGAUUGCCGCCGAAAACAGUGACGAACAACGCCGUGGUGCUGCCGAUACUGAAGCAGUAGACAGUACCGCUGAAAGACUCGAACAUGCUGCAUUGUCCUCGGGUACUGAUGAAGAACUUGAGGAAGAUGAAGAAGACGAAAACGAAAGAAGCGAACCAGUAGAGUAUCCUGGUACUGUUGUUCCAGAUCCGGAUGUCCAGGAGAUCGAAGCCGACAGCGAUUUGGCUCGAGAAUACAAUUCUGACUCUGAAUACAUUGAUUUAAUUCAUCUAAAGAUCCAGUCUUUGGAUGACUUGGAUCUUGCUCGCUUUACUAAGCUUCAGUCACUCUGCUUACGACAAAACCUCGUAACGUCAAUGACCGGCGUUAAAGAUUUACCGGACACCAUGGAGGAUUUGGACUUCUACGACAACCGCAUCAAUCACAUUUCCAGCAAUAUAAGUAAACUUGUCAAUUUGAAGAGCCUAGAUCUCUCGUUCAAUAAAAUCAAGAACAUCAAAAAUAUCGAGGCACUUACGCAAUUGGAGAACUUGUACUUUGUUCAAAACAAAAUUCGAGAAAUCAAAAACUUGGACACUCUCAAAAGUUUGAAGAACCUUGAAUUGGGUGGAAAUAAGAUAGAAGAGAUUAAUGAGGGCUUGCAUCAACUUCAAUCUCUUACCCAGCUCUGGCUAGGAAAGAACCGCAUACAUAAGCUUCAAAAUCUUUCGAGCCUCACUAAUUUGAGAGUACUAUCUAUUCAAUCAAACCGGAUCACAAAGAUCGAGGGGUUGGAAAUGUUGGUGAAUUUGGAAGAACUCUACUUGUCGCACAAUGGUAUCGCAAAAAUUGAGAACUUGGACAACAAUAAGAAUCUUCAAGUUCUUGACAUGACAUCAAACAAACUCACCAGUCUCGACAAUUUGAGUCAUCUCACAAAGUUGACAGACUUCUGGUGUUCAUACAACCAAAUCUCAGAUUUCGAACAAAUCCGCAGAGAACUAGGAAAGCUUCCAGAGUUGGACACCGUCUAUUUUGAAGGAAACCCUAUCCAACGUGAAAAUCCAACUGCUUAUAGAAGAAAGAUACGCCUCAAUCUUGGCUCAUCAUUGACAAAGAUUGACGCUACUUAUGUCACAAGUUAA